ACAAGACACGAGCUGCAAAGCGCAACCUCAGGAGAAGCUCUUCACCAAGAAGCCGCUCUGCCACCUGCAUUCAUCCCGCUGAUACGUCCAGCAGCACUCACAUCCUGACAGAAGAUGGCACCUAAAGGAACCGCCAUUGGCAUUGACCUGGGCACCACCUACUCCUGUGUGGGGGUCUUCCAGCAUGGCAAGGUGGAGAUCAUCGCCAACGACCAGGGCAACCGCACCACCCCCAGCUACGUGGCCUUCACCGACACCGAGAGACUCAUCGGAGACGCUGCCAAGAACCAGGUGGCCCUCAACCCCCAGAACACAGUCUUUGAUGCCAAGAGGCUGAUUGGCAGAAGGUUUGAUGAGCCGGUGGUGCAGUCUGACAUGAAGCACUGGCCCUUCCAGUUGGUGAGUGAUGGAGGAAAGCCCAAGGUCCAAGUGGAGUAUAAAGGAGAGGACAAGACCUUCUUCCCUGAGGAGAUCUCCUCUAUGGUGCUGCUAAAGAUGAAGGAGACGGCAGAGGCUUUCCUGGGUCAUCCAGUCACCAAUGCGGUCAUCACCGUGCCAGCCUACUUCAAUGACUCCCAGCGGCAGGCCACCAAAGACGCCGGUGUCAUCGCUGGACUCAACGUGCUGAGAAUCAUCAAUGAGCCUACAGCAGCUGCCAUCGCUUACGGUCUGGACAAGGGAGCCCGUGGAGAACGCAACGUCCUCAUCUUUGACCUGGGAGGUGGCACCUUCGACGUCUCCAUCCUUACCAUUGAUGACGGCAUCUUUGAGGUAAAGGCCACAGCGGGUGACACUCAUUUGGGAGGAGAGGACUUUGAUAACAGAAUGGUCAACCACUUUGUGGAAGAAUUCAAACGCAAACAUAAAAAGGACAUUACCCAAAACAAGAGGGCCCUGAGGAGACUGAGGACAUCCUGCGAGAGAGCCAAGCGCACCCUGUCCUCCAGCACCCAGGCAAGCAUCGAGAUUGACUCCCUGUACGAGGGCAUUGACUUCUACACUUCCAUCACUAGAGCCCGCUUUGAGGAGUUGUGUUCCGACCUCUUCCGUGGUACCCUGGAGCCUGUUGAGAAAGCCCUGCGAGAUGCCAAGAUGGACAAGUCACAGAUCCAUGAAAUUGUCCUAGUGGGAGGCUCCACACGUAUCCCCAAGGUGCAGAAGCUGCUGCAGGACUUCUUCAAUGGCCGAGAGCUGAACAAGAGCAUCAACCCAGAUGAAGCUGUGGCCUAUGGGGCUGCUGUCCAGGCUGCCAUCCUCAUGGGAGACAAGUCAGAGAAUGUGCAGGACCUCCUUCUACUGGAUGUGGCUCCUCUUUCUUUGGGCCUGGAGACAGCUGGAGGGGUUAUGACCGUCCUCAUCAAACGCAACACAACCAUCCCCACCAAGCAAACCCAGGUCUUCACCACCUACUCUGACAGCCAACCAGGUGUCCUCAUUCAGGUGUAUGAAGGUGAGAGAGCCAUGACCAAGGACAACAACCUGCUGGGUAAAUUUGAGCUGAGUGGAAUUCCCCCUGCUCCUCGGGGUGUACCCGAGAUCGAGGUGACCUUUGAUAUAGAUGCCAACGGUAUCCUCAACGUAUCUGCUGUGGACAAGAGCUCAGGCAAACAGAACAAGAUCACCAUUACAAACGACAAAGGCCGACUGAGCAAAGAGGAGAUAGAGAAGAUGGUGCAAGAUGCUGAGAAAUACAAAGCGGAUGAUGAUGACCAGAGAGAGAAAAUUACUGCCAAAAACUCCCUGGAGUCCUAUGCCUUCAACAUAAAGAGCAUGGUGGAAGAUGAGAACAUAAAGGGGAAGAUCAGUGAUGAAGAUAAGAGGGUCAUCUCGGACAAGUGUAAAGAGAUCAUUGCCUGGCUGGAGAACAACCAACUUGCAGAGAAAGAUGAGUAUACCCAUAAGCAGAAAGAGCUGGAGAAGGUGUACCAACCAAUCAUCACCAAGAUGUACCAGGGAGGUAUGCCAGGAGGUAUGCCCGGCUCCAGCUGUGGUGCACAGGCCCGACAGGGCAGCAGCUCUGGGCCCACCAUUGAGGAGGUGGAUUAAACUUUUAUAAGGGUCCAGCUAUGAACAGAACGGACACAGACUUGCUGCUGAGCUGUUGCCCUUAUUGACUGACUUUUGGUAGCAGCUCUGGGCCCACCACUAAGUAGGUGGAUUAAAAAGUAUGAACUUUGACUUUUUUAUGCUCAAGUCUGAUAAAUGGACUUUUUGGUUCUGUUUUAUUUUUUUAUAAGCUUAGGACCUUAAGGCCUCAUGCACACGACCGUAUGUAUUUUGCGGUCUGCAAAAAAAGGAUACGCAAAAAGUACGGAUGACGUCCGUGUACAAUCCUGUUCUAUUUUUUUGCGGAACAGACAUACGGAAACGGAAUGCACACGGUGUACCUUCCGUUUUUUUUGCGGACCGAUUGAAAUAAUUGGUUCCGUAUACGGUCCCAAAAAGCCCUAAGAGUAUUUUUCCUGGAGAAAAAUGUUGAUAUGUUUUAUUUGAAUGUUUGUUGUCUUUUUUUAAUGAUUUAAAAAAAAAUAUAUUUUUUAUCUAAUUUGUCCUAAGUAUGUGUUACUGUAACUGUUUAUUAGAUACUUUGUGUUGUUUUUUUCUUUUUGUGUAAAUAAAUUUAUUUUACCACUA